GGUAACUCACGAGCCACUCACAGAAAUGUGAGUGGCGUAUUUGGCGCACAAACUUUACGUCAAACGUGUACGAGAUGUGCUAUAAAAAAUAUAAACAAACAACACUCCUAGGGACAAAAAUUAUUAAAACAGACACAACACAUUACUGUGACAGAUUUCUGCUAGAAAAUGCUUAAAAAGUUUGUGUUCUACUUACCGCACGAUGCAAUCUACAGAUGAUUCCGCCAAAACGAAGCGUUGGUCAAAGUAUGUGCGUGAUGUUUACGACCCGAUACAGGUCGGCUCAAUCGACGGAACGGACAAAGUGCCGCACGAUCGUGCACUGGUACGCGCCAUUAAUUCCAACUACCGACCCAAUCGGAAGGUGAAAGGCGAUCCGAUGCACACGAUCUUCGUUGGCCGGUUGGCACAUUCAGUCACGGAGGAACAGUUACGUUCUAAGUUUACACCCUUCGGCACAAUCGUUCACAGUCGGUUAGUUACUGACAUCAUUACUGGGCUGCCUCGCGGGUACGCUUUCAUUGAGUACAGCAAUCGAGACGAAGCGCUGCGAGCGAUCGACCGUAUGCACGGUGUAAGCAUUGACGGUAAGGAAAUUCUCGUCGAUGAGGAAUGGGAACGACGGCUGGAAGAUUGGAAGCCACGUCGGCUAGGUGGCGGUUUCGGAGGUAGGAAAAAAUCACAACAGCUACGCUUUGGCUGCAAGGUGCAACCGUUUCGAAGGCCCAUUGUGGAAGCAUCCGGCACCGGUGGUGUUUCGAGCGUGUGCGAGUGGAAUCGUCGUAUUCGUCAUCGGAAAGAGGAACCACCACGAUCCACCAGGGGGAACAGUGAUGGAAAGUAAGCAUGCAUGC